CAACAACAACAACAGUAACAACAACAAUAUGAACGCCAGCCUUAUAUAUGAGAUACUCAUGUAUCUGAACUCAUUCUAUUUUGGCAUGUACGCCGCCUUCGAGGUGGGGGUGGGCGUUCUAAAGGCAAUCAAUCUGAGUUAUGGCGAAAACGUUCUGUCACGUGAAGCAACCAUUUUGCUAUCAUUGUGCAUCAUCGAAACGCUGCGCAUUGUCUUUGGACGCAAGAGCAGCCUCAGCGAUCGUGGUGAGUAAUCGUAAUCAAAAGGACAAUGGCAUAAACAACAGACGGACAGAACACAAAACACAAAA